AUGGUCUCGCGCUUGAGGCGCGCCGGCUGCAAAGCGUCUUUUUUGUAUCCUAGGAAACAUGGGAAAGGAGAGAACGGGGACAGGACAAGUGAGGGGUUAUAUUUGAUGAGUGGCUGUUCUUUUGGUCCAAUUUGAGCAAUAUUCCUACUUUUGUUGCGCCUCAACUUUAACAGAUUAGACGCAAAGCAUCUUAAAUCCGAAGUGUAAAUUAGUCCGUGAGGUAUCGUUGUACGAGUUGAAUGGCUGUUUCUUUUGUGUCCUAACAGACCGGAAUCUGAAUGUCUGUACAUGUGCCCUGGAGCUGGGAGUCAGAUGGAGAACCACACACACACACUGCCAUCCCUUUCUCCUAUCCAUUCCCCCACAAACAGCUCUAAAGCACUUUCCCUUUCUCCAUCUCUUCCCCAGCAUUCUGCUACAGUACCUGCCUCACUCCCACUCUCUCCAGCUUCUCUGCCCCAGUCCUCUCCUUCUCACCUCCUUAAGUCACACUGCCUCAGUCCCUCAACUCCAUCAGAUCAGGAUGACUUGACCUGCCUCAACUGGCUGCAUCAGAGAAACAUACUGCCUUUGUCCAAAAUGCCUCCUCUAUCUCAGUAUGAAUCGGCCCCUAUCUCAAGUCUACCAUCUUCCCCGGCCAAGCCUCCAUACUCUUUCAGCAGUCUCAUCUUCAUGGCUAUCGAAGACUCGCCAGACAAAAGGCUUCCUGUAAGAGGGAUCUAUGAGUGGAUAGUCAACAACUUCCCCUACUACAGGACAGCCCCAAGUGGCUGGAGAAAUUCAGUGCGACACAACCUGUCCCUGAGCAAGAGCUUUCGCAGGAUGCAGAGGGACAAGAGUCAAUCCAUUGGAAAGGGGUCACUGUGGUGUGUUUGCUCAGAAUAUCGACCUGCUCUUUUAGAGGUACUCAAGAAAACACAUUACUGCCACAGCAACAACAGCAGUUUGCUGAAUAAUCCUGUUUUGUUGGAGGCAGCUGAUCACGGCCAGACCGCUAUGUGUGACGCUAUGGAAAUUUCAGACUUGGAUUUAAAUAACCCAACUCUGUCCUCAAACGCACCAUGUUCUUUGAUCCCUGAGCAUGAGGAGCUGGUAGCCAUACAGUCUGUAGAGCUUACAGAAGAGGCCGAGUCGGAGAAAGACCCACUGGCAGACAGCGGUUACAUCGAAUUCCACUAUUAUCAAUGUGAACAAUAUCAGUAUCUGGUGCUGCCUGGGAACAGCGACUUGGACCUGGAAACGGUUGAGAUCCUCCAACUUGAUGCAGAAGCACAGGAAGCUGCAGGAUCGCUGCUCGAUUUAGCGGGAGGAAGCCACUGAUACUCUUGAUAGAAAUUAAUGGAUAAGGCCAUACAGAUUGUGUAGGCAGCAUGUACUGUACAUUUUCAGGAAUGAAAAUUUCAGGCAAAAAUUGUGCUGGAAAGAGGUUAAGGUAAAUGAGGGGGCUGUGUAUGAACAGCUUUCAUGUAUUGCAGUUUUCUGACUCUCAAGAUUCAAAAAUGAAAGCACACACCACUGUUAAAACAAAACAAUAUUGUGGUUGAUCAAGACAUUUAUCAGACAGCACUUUUUUCUAGCCAGAGAAGACAUAAACUUUGAAGACAAAGUUUAUUAAUAUAUCCACUGGGUUGCAGGGUUUAUUAGGUACAGCUACCUUGUCGCUUCACUUAGUACUAGCUAACCUUAUCAUAAACUUCACUGAGUAACUGGCGCAGUGGAAAGUGAUCACCACAGGAUCAUUGCUGACCAGAGAUCAUACCAACACAACUGCCAUAACUGCUGGACUAAAAUUAAAAAUUGUCUGAAUAAUAUAUGAUUAGUAAUGGUCCUAAAAUGGUUCUUUUUCCAUUAAUGAAUGGGAUAGACUUCAUGUGACUAACUGAUUGCCGUGGGUUGCCAUCAGUUAUUGGACUUGCAUGGUGGUUGUAACUAAUGAACUAACAAAUCAGUACAAUUGUAAGUAUAAGAAUGAACCUCCUUGUUUUAUAAUGAUAUAAAUGAUAUAUUACAUUUAAUAAUGGUAUAGUGAUAUUAAAGGAAAAACUGCCAGUAACUCAGCUUUUUUAUUAGGAUGUUUUAGACUCUUUUUUUCCCACCUCUUUUGAUUAUUAACAUUAUAAUGUCAACGUGUUCUUAGUGCACCAUAUUUUAUUGUUAAUUUGUUUAAAUUGUUUAGUGGUGUGAUUAGCAGCUUGAACCAAAAUGCCUCCAGAUGUUGUUUAUAUGUAAAGGCACUUGAUAAUAAACUUCUGCAGUGAUUA